AUGUCGCCUCCGGUGGGCAAGUCGAAGGAGUCGGCCAAAGCGCGCCUGCUGGGCUCAGCGACGUCGGGUAUCGCUGAGCUUCUCGUGUUCCACCCCGUGGACACGGUGGCCAAGCGCCUGAUGAGCAACACGGACCCGCAUGCCUCGAUGAUCAAGGUGCUGUUCAAGGACAAGGCCAGUGCGCCGGCGAUGACGCGCUUCCUGAGCUUGUUCCCCGGUCUGGGCUACGCGGCUGGGUACAAGGUGCUGCAGCGCAUUUACAAGUACGGUGGUCAGCCGUACUUUAACGACUACCUGUCGAAGCACCACAAGCACCAGUUUGAUAGCGUCUUUGGCGAGCGCACAGGCAAGUUUAUGAUGAACGCGACGGCCGGCUCGCUGACGGGCAUUGGUGAGAUUGUGCUGCUGCCGUUGGACGUGCUCAAGAUCAAGCGGCAGACGAACCCCGAGUCGUUCCGCUCGCGUGGCUUUGUGCGCAUCCUGCUGGACGAGAACGUGAACCUGUACCGCGGCUGGGGCUGGACGGCCGCCCGCAAUGCGCCAGGCUCGUUUGCACUGUUCGGUGGCAGUGCCUUUACAAAGGAGUACUUGUUUGGUCUGAAGAACUACUCGGACGCCACGUGGGGUCAGAACUUUGUCGCCAGUAUCGCCGGUAGCAUUGCGAGUAUCACGGUCGCCGCGCCGCUCGACGUCGUCAAGACGCGUAUCCAGAACGCCAACUUUGAAUCCAAGGUAGGCGGCGUCACGAUUAUCCGCGACAUGAUCAAGCACGAGGGCUUCACGGCGUUCUUCAAGGGUCUGACGCCCAAGGUGCUGGUGACGGCGCCCAAGCUCGUCUUUUCCUUCACCCUCGCCCAGUCGCUGAUCCCGUGGUUCGGCAAGUAUGUAUAA